AUGUCAGCGUCCAGCUGGUACAACGGCAUUGCUCGGAGGAAUCUUGGCAACCGCGGCGGUCCGUGCCGAGGCGAGGCUGAAUGGGACCCGUCACAUCAGACGAGCUUGCGCGGGACCCAGGCCCGGCUGGGGAGACCACGCCGCUGCACGCUGAGCCACCAUAUGGGCCUGAUUGACGAAGCAGCCAGAAUGAAGACAGCACGUAAGGGUUCGGAGACGUCAAGAAUGGACAUUCUACAUCGAGAAUCCUCGUGGAGCCGGAGGACUCUGCUGCUGCUCUACGUGGCUCUGGAGCUUAUCACCGUCCACUGCUCCGCCGCGGCGGGCGCGCUGGAGCUACAGCUGGACGAAGAGCAGCCGGCGGGCACCAUCGUUGGCGACAUCAGCGCUGGGCUGCCCCCUGGCACCACGGCGUACCUCUACUUCAUCUCCGACCACGAGGGCACCGGGGUGGGCAGCGAUCUGGACAUAGAUGAGAACACGGGCAUCAUUAAGACGGCGAAAGUGUUGGAUCGCGAGGUCAGGGACCGGUAUAACUUCAUCGCCGUCACAAUGACAGGAAUUACAGUGGAGGUCUCGAUUAUGGUUAACGAUAUCAACGAUCAUGCACCGACAUUCCCCAGGAAAAGGGCCACAUUCAAAAUUCCUGAGCAAACAGCAAUAGGCACUAGAUUUCCAUUGGAGCCUGCUGUUGAUGCUGAUAAGGACCAGUUGACCACACAGGGAUACCUGAUAAAGGAUGGUAACGAUGGACAAGCUUUCCUCCUGGAGACCAAAAGAGGGUCCAACCACGUGCUUUACUUGGACCUGGUAGUCAACACCAUCUUAGACAGGGAAAAGCGGUCUACGUACACUCUCCUGCUGGAGGCUUUCGAUAGUGGAUCUCCAAAGAAGACUGGACAGAUGAUCUUAGACGUGACUGUGCAGGAUAUCAACGACAACGCCCCUGUAUUUAACCAGAGCCGGUACCAUGCCACCAUCUCUGAGAAUCUUCAGCCUGGGAACAACAUUGUACAGGUGUUUGCUUCUGAUGCUGAUGAAGGAGAUAAUGGGCUCGUUCUGUAUGAGAUCAACCGGAGGCAGAGUGAUCCAGACCGAUACUUUGUCAUUGAUCCUCGCUCGGGAAUCAUCACUCUGAACAAAGCCUUGGACUAUGAGAUGAGAAAGGUCCAUGAACUCGUGGUGCAGGCACGAGACAACGCCACCCAGCCGGAGAUUACCAAUGCCUUUGUCACCAUCAAUGUCCGAGACUACAAUGACAACCAGCCCACCAUGACCAUCAUCUUCCUCAGUGAAGAUGGAUCCCCACGGAUUUCUGAGGGUGCCCAGCCCGGCCAGUAUGUAGCCCGGAUCUCCGUGACCGACCCAGACUACGGGGAGUAUGCCAACGUCAACGUCUCCCUCGAGGGGGGCGAAGGGAAAUUCGGUCUGACCACUAAAGACAGCAUCAUCUACCUCAUGUGCGUGGACCAGAUCCUGGACCGCGAGGAGAGGGACUCGUACCAGCUUCGCGUCAUGGCGACCGACUCUGGAACACCGCCCUUGCGAGCUGAGUCCUCCUUCACCAUCGAGGUCACCGACGUCAACGACAACCCGCCUUUCUUCGACCAGCAGGUAUACACGCAGGUCAUUCCAGAGGUGGUGUUUCCAGGGAGCUUCGUCGUACAGGUCACGGCCAGAGACAAAGACCAAGGGCCCAAUGGGGACGUCCACUACAGUAUACUUCAGGACCAUGGAACUCACGAGGAGUGGUUUGGCAUAGAUGCCGUUACCGGUAUAGUCACAACUCUGGCCCAACUGGAUUACGAGGUGGACCCCAAGCCCACGGUGACUGUGGUGGCCACUGACGGUGGCAAGCCCCCCUUAUCCUCCACAGCGGUGCUCAACAUUGUGUUGCAGGAUAUAAAUGACAACGAGCCUGUCUUCGAGAAAAAUUUCUACAAUGUGUCCAUUAAGGAAAACACUUCGGCUGGGACCUGCUUCCUAGAGGUUACAGCGACCGAUGCCGAUGGCGGUUCCUUUGGGUCGAUCUCGUACUCCCUGGGUUCUGUGAUGGGAAGCACAGCCCAUACUCAAUUCACCAUCGGCAAAGAGACGGGUCAGAUCUGCACAGCGGUCGCCUUGGACCGGGACCAGGGUCAAUCCGUCUAUGAUUUCACUGUCACCGCUGUGGAUGGGGGCGGCCUGAACUCGGUGGCCUACGUGCGCGUGGACCUGCUCGACGUCAACGACAACCGGCCCACCUUCUACCCGCUCCAGUACUCCGUCAACCUGAGCACGCAGAGCGCGCCGGGCACCUCCGUCGUCAAGGUGAUCGCGCACGACCCCGACGCCGGCGUCAACGGACGGGUGACGUACCGCGUGCUGCCGGGAGGGGGCUCGCCGUUCUUCACGCUCAACAAAGACACAGGUGUCAUCUCGCUCUCCCGCUCGCUGCAUGGAAAAGCCAACACGGUCAUCCCCAUGGUGAUCUCGGCGCAGGAUGGGAGUGGCCUGACGGCGCUGGCGAACGCACGGGUCAACAUCAGCGUGGUGGCCGGCCUGGUGGCGCCCCCUGUGUUUGAGCAGGCAAACUACUACUUUACCGUCACCGAGGACGCACUGAGGGGGACAGAGGUGGGAGUGGUGCGGGCCAACACCAAGAUUGGUCCGGCGAAGGACAUCUCGUACACCAUCAGCUCCGGCGACCCCACGGGCUACUUCACGGUGGACCCCGAGACGGGGGCUCUGCGGACGGCCCGUCCGCUGGACCAAGAGGUGCAGCAGCAGCUGGAGCUGGAGGUGCAGGCGCGCAGCGGCAACCCGCCGGCGUUCGGCCGGACGCGGGUGCGCGUGACGGUGAUCGACGUCAACGACAACGCGCCCGUCUUCCUGCCCUCGUCGUCCGAGUCGCUCCUGCUGGCCGAGGGCACGGAGCUGGGCUCCGUCGUUUACCGCGCCCGGGCCGAGGACCGCGACACCGGCGCCAACGGGGCGGUGAUCUUCGACCUCCACGUGGUGGCGCCCGCCGGUCAAGCGCCACCCUCGCCGCCGCAGCAGACGUUCAGCAUCAACCGCGGCAACGGCGAGAUCCGGCUGACGGGGCGUCUGUCGUACGAGGCGGCGCCGCGGCACGACCUGCGGGUGAUCGCCAAGGACGGCGGGGCGCCGCAGCAGAGCGCCACCAUGACGCUGGUGGUGCACGUGCAGGCGGAGAACGCCCAGGGGCCCGUCUUCGACACGCUCACCUACCGCGUGGAGCUGCGCGAGGGCACGCCGCUCAACACGCGCUUCCUGCAGGUCCGCGCCCUCGGCCGCGACGCGGGCACCGCCUCGGCCUCGUCCUCUUCGCCCGCCUCGCCCCUGGCCUACCACCUCCACCCGGACGGCGACGCGGUGGGCUUCGGGAUCGCGCCCGACAGCGGCUGGCUGUUCGUGAAGGGCGCGCUGGACCGCGAGGCCAAGGAGAUGUACCUGCUGACCGUGGUGGCCACCGCGGGCCACGGGCAGCUGAAGAAGACGGGCAGCGCCACCGUGCGCGUGUCCGUCACCGACGAGAACGACAACCCGCCGCGCCUCUCGCAGGAGCGCGCCUUCCUGGCCGUGCGGGAGAACCUGCCGGUGGGGAGCGGCUUCGGACGCAUCUCCGCCACCGACCGCGACGCCGGCCUCAACAGCCGGCUCAGUUACCGGCUGCUGCAUUCUGACCGCCACUUCCAAAUCAACUCACAGACAGGUGAGAUCAGUACCCGCACAGCGCUGGACCGCGAGCACCAGUCCAGCUACCAGCUGGUGGUGGUGGUGCAGGACGGGGGCACUCCUGCCCGCAGUGCCACGGGCACGGCCUUCAUCACGGUGCUGGACGAGAACGACAACGCCCCAUCUUUCUCUCACAGCCAGCCGGGUCGAGACAUCUUCCUGCAGGUGAUGGAGGGACAGCCAUCUGGAGUGGUCAUCGGGACUAUACAGGCCAAGGACCCUGAUGAGGGCGAGAAUGGAACUGUUGUCUACUCAAUGUCAGGUCCCCGCGCGGAGCGCUUCUCGCUGAACCCAAACACGGGCGAGCUGCGCUCCUCCUCGGCCCUCAGCCACUCGGACCGGGCCGAGUACGCCUUCACCCUGACCGCCACAGACCGGGGCCUGCCCCCACAGAGCACCAGCUGCGGACUGCGCAUCCAGGUCUUGAGCUCGAGCAAAGGCAAGGCCAAAGCCAACUCCAGGUCGGUGUCUCUCAUCUCCACUGAAGGGGCCAAACCGGGCUCCGUCGUUGGCUCGGUCAGGUCGCACGAGGCACAGGAACUUCCCGAGACUGGGCAGGUCACCUACACGGUGGUCGGCGGUACGGACCGCGACGGCACGUUUGUGGUGGACCGACUGACAGGAGACGUUUUCUUGGCGCGGGAGCUGGACUACGAGAGGGACUCGCGCUACUCGAUCCACAUUGAAGUGGUGGACUUCUCCUCGGCCCUCCCAAGUAGCCACAUGGUCCUGCUGGACAUCGACGUGCAGGACAGCAAUGACCACGCGCCGCACUUCCCCGAAGACCCCGUCACCAUCGUCAUCCCGGAGAGCACGGAGCCUGGCACGCCCGUGUACGCCUUCCAGGCCUCGGACGGAGAUGGCAGCGGGCCUAACAGCGAGCUGCACUACACCAUCCAGCAGCAGUGGCCGGCAGACCCAGGGUUCCUAGACCUGGACCCCAACACCGGGGUGCUCUCCCUGGGCAUGCCGCUGGACCACGAGACCACCUCCUCCCUGGUGCUGGUGGUGCAGGCCUCCGACUCGCCGCUCAACGCCAGCCAGCGCCGGUGGGGCUCGGUGACGGCUCGCAUCUUCGUCACGGACGAGAACGACAACGCGCCGGUCUUCGCCUCGCCCUCCGCCGUCAGUGUGAUGGAGGACCAGCCGGUGGGCUUCGUGGUGCUGUACGUCAUGGCGCGCGACGCCGACCAGGGCGAGAACGGACGCGUGUCCUACCGCAUCCAGACGGGAGACUCGACUGGAAAGUUCAGCCUGAACCCCGGCACCGGGUCUUUGUCCAUCCUCAAGCCCCUGGACAGAGAGGAACAGGACCUUUACAACUUGACCGUCAUCGCCGAGGACCAUGGGAUGCCCCAGCACUCCACCACGCAGGUGCUGUCGGUGCAGGUGAUCGACGUGAACGACGAGGUGCCCUGGUUCGAGGAAAGCCAGUACGAAGCCUUCGUCACCGAGAACCAGCCUGCAGGCUUCUCCGUGCUGGUGGUCUCGGCUUCCGAUCUGGACCAAGGGACGAACGGCCUGGUGACCUACGGAAUCUCCGGCGAGGACGGCUUUAGUAUCCACCCGACGACCGGAAUCAUCUCCACCAGCAAAGCCCUGGACAGAGAGACCCGGGAGCUCUACACUGUGACAGUGUACGCCAAGGACGGCGGACUCCCGCCAAAUUUUGCCAAAGCGACGGUGAAGAUCACAGUCUUGGAUGAGAACGACAACAGCCCAGUGUUUGGCAGGGUGUACUACAGUCUGGACGUGCCUGAGAACCAGGAGUCUGUAGCAUUGUUCACUCUGAGGGCCACUGACCAAGACUCAGGAGACAGUGGGGAGAUCACAUAUAAAAUCACAGAGGGUGACCCCAUGGGUGACUUCCGUCUGGAGAGAGGCACAGGAGUAUUGUCCACUUCCGGACCGCUAGACCGGGAGAAGAAGGCUAAGUAUGCGCUGACCAUCAUGGCCGUAGACCAGGGCACCCCACCUCGCAGCGCUAGCACAAUAGUAGAGGUCGCCGUCCUGGACAUCAACGACAACAGCCCACUCUUCCAGAGCAGCAGCUACACCAUCGAUGUCUCCGAGGACACGCCCGAGAGCUCGCCGAUGCUGGAAGUGACCGCCACGGAUGCCGACGAGGGCCCCAACGGCCAGGUCCUGUACUACCUCAGCAAGGAGGCCGAGGGCAUGUUCCUGGUGGACGAGCAGUCGGGUCGCAUAUUCACGGCGGCGCCGUUGGACCGGGAGAAGAAGGCCUUGUACGCCUUCCAGGUGUGGGCGGUGGACUCCGCCCCGGCCUCGCCGCGCAACUCCAGCGCCCAGGUGUCCGUGCAGCUGCUGGACGUCAACGACAACGCGCCGUUCUUCGUGCAGGACCCGCUCGUCAUCAACGUCUCCAGCGCGCAGGCGCAGGGCCACCGCACCCUGGCCACCAUGCGCGCCGAGGACAAGGACUUCGGGGCCAACGGGUCCGUGUUUUACCGCUUCGCCACGCCCGUCAGGGGCUUCGCCAUCAACUCGCUCACGGGGGCCAUCCAGGCCACGGAGAACCUGCAGGGGCUGACGCAGAGUCAGCGGACGCUGAUCGUGGAGGCCAUGGACCAGGGGAGCCCGGCCCAGUCGUCGUUCGGAGUGGUGGUGGUGUACGUGCGGGAGCAGCCGUACCGGGGCAUUCGCUUCUCACGGAACACCCGCGACGUGAGCCUUCAGGAGAACGCAGCCCAAGGUACUGUUGUUGUGCAGACUCAAGCUCAGUAUCCUGAUGGCUCCCGCAAUGGCAUCAGUUACAGCAUCUUCAGUGGCAACAAGCUCCAGUCCUUUGGAAUCAGUGCCACUAGUGGUGAAAUCUGGGUUCAGAGCUCUGUGGGUCUCGACUUUGAGGAGACGCCCAGGAUCCGUCUUGUGGUGAAAGCCGAGACUGCAUCCUCCAGCUCCUUCAUGGCUGUCAACCUGAUCCUUCAGGACGUCAAUGACAAUCUGCCACGUUUCCAGCUGCAGAACUAUGUGGCGUAUGUCAGGGAGGCACAAGGCUAUGAUCACCCCAUCAUCCAGGUAAUGGCAGAUGACCUCGAUCAGGGUCAGAACGGUCAGGUGACCUACUCCAUAAGGUCGUCAUCCAUGAGUGGGCUUUUUAAGAUCGACCCUUUGACCGGCAGCAUCACAACAGCUGCCAUCAUGGACAGAGAAAUCUGGACACAGACAAAACUCGUUGUCACAGCAACUGACCGUGGAACCCCCAGGCUGGCUGGCUCGGCCACCCUCACUGUCAUCGUUGUGGACCUGAACGACAACAGCCCCACGAUCCCCGUGCCCCGUGAGGUGCGAGUGCCAGAAAACACAAUGAUUGGCACGGUGAUUACCCAGGUAACAGGGAAUGACGUGGAUUCUGGCCCGGCCCUUUCCUAUUCCCUGCACCUUGAUUCCUACGCACAGGGGAAGUUCGGGAUACACCGAUAUGGGGGUGGGGUGUCCCUGACAGCUCCCCUGGACUUUGAGGAAAGGACCUGGUACACGUUGACCAUUCGCUCUUCAGACUCGCAGCAUUACAGUGAGGCGAACCUUACGAUCCUGGUGGAGGAUGUGAAUGACAAUGCCCCCACAUUUACUCAAGACCUCUACCAGGUGACGUUACCAGAACAUUCGCCAACUGGAAGUGCUGUCAUCACAGUGACUGCCACAGACAAAGACACUGGAGAGAAUGGAAAGAUCUCUUACAGAGUGAUGUCAUCAACAAGGGACAUUUUCUACAUUGAUCCAAACAAUGGUACACUGUUCAUCAACCAGAGAGCGGAGUUCCAGUCUGAUCGUCCAUCCAUCCUCGUUGUGAUUGAGGCUCAGGAUGGAGGCAACCCACCUCUGAGUGCCUUCACCACCGUCCAAGUCCGUGUGUCCGACGUCAACGACAACGCUCCCAUGUUCCAGCAGUCCGAGUACAGAACCACGGUGUCUGAGGACGAACUCCCCGGGGCCACCAUCCUGACCCUAGAGGCUGUCGAUGGGGAUAUGUCCUGGGAAAACAGCGGAUUUGACUUUGCCAUUGCCAGCGGGAAUACCGGAAAUGCCUUUCAGAUUGAGAGCAGCGUCCGCUUCCUGGAGGGCCGGGGUUUCCAGACGGUCGGCUCACUCGUGCUGGCCGAUCGGCUGGACUUCGAAGCUUUGCCCAGCUACAACCUCACCAUCGUGGCUUCUGACCGGGGCAUCCCCCAGCGCAGCUCCAGCGUGCCCGUCCUGGUCACGGUCACAGACGCCAACGAUAACCCCCCGGCCUUCAGUCGAGCGGAAUACAACGUGGUCCUCAACGAGAACGCAGCAGCGGGGACCGAGGUCUUGCGUUUGUCUGCCAUUGACCCGGACUCCAACCCCAGUGGAGAGGUCAACUAUGUGAUCAGCUCUGGAGAUGACACGGCCCUCUUCUCCCUGGACAAGCGGACAGGGGCGUUGCGUCUCAAGCGCUCCCUGGACAGCGAAAGGCAGUCAUCCCAUAUGCUCAUUGUCCAGGCCUCGGACGGUCGGGGUCACUUUGCCCUGGCUCCUGUCAUUGUGGAGGUCAAGGACAUCAACAAUAACAAGCCCUAUUUCCCCUUAAAAAAGCUGACGGCAAGCAUUCGUGAAAACCAACCACAGAAUGCUUUGGUCACCAUGCUUCAUGCUAUUGACCGUGAUAAUGGAAUCUUUGGCCGGUUGAAGUAUUUCAUGAUGGACAAAUCAGGUGAUGGGAAAGACUCAUUUUUAGUCAACCAGACCUCGGGAGAAAUAAGGGCCCGAUUUACAUUCGAUUUUGAAAAAGUGAACUCUUUCAGCUUUGUGGCCAUAGCCAUGGAUGCGGGCAACUACUCGGCCUCGGUCACAGUCCAAGUGUACGUGACCGGCGAGGAUGAGUACGAUCCCGUUUUCACCACGUCAGAUCUCGCAUUUCACGUGCCCGAGGGAGCCAAGAAAGGACAGAGCAUCGGUCAGGUUCACGCAAAAGACGAAGACAGCGGCGUCGACGGUAUCGUUCUGUACUCCCUUGCCGACAACUCACCCUACUUUGAGGUCAACACGUCCACAGGGGUGAUAUCGCUGAAAAUGGACAGUUACAGCAGACACCUCAGCCGCUCCAAGAGGGAAACUCGUCAGAUGACCCUGGACGUGACAGCCCACAGCCCGUUGGAAACCUCGCGGGUGACCACCGCCAGGCUAACCGUCGAUGUCACACACACAGCUUUCGGCCUGGCCACAGAUGUAAACAUGCUGCUCGUUAGCAUCAUAGCCGUUUCCCUGGCGAUGGUCAUCAUCUUGAUUGUAAUAGCCGUGGCGUUGUUCUUGUUCCGGUCCAGACGUCAGAAGGAGAGAGAGGAACGCGAAAGGAUGUCUAAUUCGGGCACUGUAUUGCAGAAGCUCGAGGAGACCAAAGUUGAAAGAAACGACCGAAUAUAUCACCAGACACUGCCUGGUUACGCACCGGAGACCCGGGUGGACCCGGGAACCGGAGGGGGUCCCUACACCAGGGGCGGAUCUCUGGACCCCUCCCACUCCAGUGGACGUGGCUCCGCCGAAGCAGAGGCCGCCGAGGACGACGAGAUCCGGAUGAUCAACGAGUACCCGCGAGUGUCCAGCAUCUCCUCCUCCAUGCAGGAGCACAUCUCCGCCCGUGGGCCGGACUCCGGCAUCCAGCAGGACGCAGAUCAGCUCUCCGACAUCUCCUGCGAACCAGGGAUGGACGCCAAUCAGUGGUUCAAAGGGAAAAAGCUGGGAAGCUUGAGCGGGACCCUUUUGUCCGGCCAGCUCCCUGUGUACCGAGACGAGGGCGGCGGUUACUUGGGAGUGGGACGGGGGCUCAGCAUCUCCCACCCCAAAGACUAUGCGUUCCCAGAGGACGGGAAGCCCGCCGUGGACGGCUCCCUCACGGCCAUCGUGGCCAGCGACGAGGAGCUGAGGGGCAGCUACAACUGGGACUACCUCCUGAACUGGUGCCCCCAGUUCCAGCCUCUAGCCAACGUCUUCACCGAGAUCGCUCGACUCAAAGAUGAGAGCGCUCCCCCUAACCCGCGGAGGCCCUUCCAGCCAAAGGCCAAGCCCGACCCCAAACCCAGGAUCGACCCUCCGCCACUCAUCACCAACGUGGCCCAUCCGGGGGCAAAAACAGUGCCCGUAAAGCCCGCGGUGGGUCGGACUUUCCCUCAGCUAGCCUCCCUGCGGCGGUCACCGCUUAGCAACGACGGGUCCAUCUCGUCGGUGGCCAUGUCGCCCAGCUUCUCCCCGUCCCUGUCCCCACUUGCUGCUCGCUCCCCAGCCAUAUCGCCCUUCGGGGUCACACAGGGGCCCCCGGCCUCCCUCAUCAGCACCACAGAGCACUCUCUAGAGCACAGUGAGGAGGCUGAGCUGAGGAUCUAGACUCUUUGGAGCCUCCUCUCUCUCAUUAGGACCUAAUUCCCCUACAGGAGCAGUAGCGCCGACCAAGCCCAACUUUGAGCUGCAACUCAGUGCCCAAUGUGGAUGCCAUAGCUGGUGUCUGACUAUGUUGUUGCCUCACUGGCUGGCCAGAGAGUUGAAGGGCAAGGUGUCCAAUGUGGAUAUAUGUUUGGAAAGAGGACUAUCGGACUCCAUUCUUAUAAACUUUCAAUAGACAUGCCUUUUGUUUGCACAUUGAAAUAGAGGAGCAAGCAUUGAUGUCAAUUUUUUACAUGAACACUUUUUUUGUAUUAUAUAUUUUUGUACUGAUUUGUGUUGUUUUUUUUGUUUUGUUUUUUUUCUUGACUAGAAAAAUGACAUUCCUCUUGUCAAAAGGUUGUUAUAGCCUCGAUUAUAUUUGUAUAUCUGUACAUUUGUGACUGUAAUCUUUGUACUGUAUGUUUUGUGUUAGCCCACAGAAUUAAAUAUUAAUUCACUAAUGUUUUCUAAUAUGUCCAUGGAAAGAAGAUGCUCUUAACUUUUAUUUCAUACAUUUGGGGGGAAUUUGAUUUGUGUCUCUCUUGUAAAUAUGUUUACCACUAGAGAGAUGUAUUUGCUGGAAGAACAUGUAAGCUGCAUUUUGUAGUAUUGUUUGUUUGUACAAUUGUUUUCGGAACUUUGGUGACAUGCUGCUUCCCUUUUACUUUCACCCUUGAUUGGGUGACACAUUCAGAACAAAAACAAAAAACUGGUAUCCUCAGUUGACCAGAUCUCUAAACACCUGAAACUACACUUUCUUGUCAGAUCACGUUUAAAGAAUAAAGCCAACAAAUGCAAAGUGGAGAUGGGUAGGUUUUGGUUCGUUUCAGAACUGUAGUUGGCUGAAGUAUGACUGCAGGCUUUGAGUUAGCAUGCAAGAGAAAGAGAGAGAGAGAGAGAGAGAGAGCUAUUUGAGGGGAAAAGUAUGUCCAGACUUUCAUAAUUUAACUACAUCGCUUAAAGGGUCUUUACUUUUACAGCUAAUGGCAGCUACAUUAUGAUUGAAAGACUUUAAACUCACCGCCCCAACGUACACAGUGUGCAUAACAGCCUAUUAGCACAUAAUCGCUCAAACAAAACACCACAUUCAGAUUCAGAAAGCAUAAAUUGGAAAUGACAGCUCUGGUUUUCAACUGUGGCCUGAUCCAUGCAAUCGAUAUCCAACUCACUCUUUGUACACAGAAAACACCAAGUUGAAGAUUUGCAGAUGCUUGGAAGAAAUCGAUUUAUCUGUUUAGGGGGAGAGAGCGCUGAAGUGCGUAGAACAGUGCACACGCCAGAAGUGCAUAUUUAGUAAUGUUAUGAAGGUGGCCGAAUACUCAGUCUGUGAAAUAUUAAGCCAUUAACAAAGGAUUGCAACUUAGUUUCCCAGUAUUUUUUUUGUGUAAAAUGAUGCCCUUUUCAUUUUCUUCCAAGGCCAGACAUUUCUGAUGACCAGAGUUUUCUUUUUAAUUUGUUAGGUUUAUUGCCUUAACAUAAAUGUGAUGCCAUAGAUUGCCCUUGAGUGAAUUCAAAGCCUGUCUCAUUUAAGCUAAAUCUUUCAUUCAGUUCCUUCUAAGACCAUAUCUUAUCAUAAGUCAUGUUAUACCAUUGAAAUGCCUUAGGUUGUAUAAUCAGAUCUCACUGUCACUAUGGAAACAUUUUGGCUAUAUGUUUAUUUCCACUAUAAUCUGUAUAUCGUUGAUGCCAGAAAGAACAGAGAAGUUCAUUUUGGGAAGUUUCUGGAAACGUCAGUCAAAGACCCCAUGUGUACAGUUGUAUUUAUUGCUACAAAGGCUUUCUGCCAUGUACAGAAUCUGGAAAUAUAAUCGUCUUAUAUUUCUUCUGGAAAUGAGUUACAAAAGAGUUUUGUACUGGCAGCUGUUUAAUUGUUAACAAGCAAGGUGAAAUAAAAAAGUAGUGGUAAAUGCCUCAAAGAAAAAAAUGAAGGAAAAACAGAAAUAAUUUGCUCAAGGUCAAAACUGGUUUUAAAGAAAGCCUGCUAUUGUCUACAUGUCCUCUUUUCUAUGUAGGAGAGCUUUCAUCUGUUCCAGCAAAAUGCUGAAAUGAUUUAAAAUUCACCUGUUUCCCGUAAUGAAAACAAACAAAAAAACAGUAACUGUGAAGUGUGUUUUAGAGUGGACUUUCUCUCUCUCUCUCUCUCUCUCUCUCUCUCUCUCUCUCUCCCUCCCUCUCACUCUCUGUCUCUCUCUAUCUCUCUCUCUGUUAUUCUGGUACAGUUUUUUUAAUACAACAAAUGUAGCAGUAGUUGGUACCUUGGACAGAAAUGUUCAUUCACUCAUGCCUUUGCCUUUCUUUUUAUUUCCUUGUUUCAUUUUUAAUUGGAAUCCACAACCUAUUCCCCGCCUGAACUCCACAAUACCCCAGUGGAGGGAAAAAAAGUUGUUUUAUUUG